GUUCCGUGGGCUGCGGGUAAACAGCGCCCGGCGGCGGCCGCGCCGGUCGGAGUUUCCCGGGUACGCGCCACAGUCGGCGCCGGGCUUUGGGCUCUGCUGUCGCUGCAUCGGCGGGGGACGUCCUUCCCUGGAAAAGCUGCCCCAAGUCCAGGAAAAACAAAAUGAAGGAACUAGUGUCAAACAGUACAACCAGUAUAUCGCAAGCCAGGAAAGCUGUGGAGCAAUUAAAAAUGGAAGCAUAUAUGGAUAGAAUGAAGGUGUCCAAGGCUGCAGCAGAUUUAUUGGCAUAUUGUGAUGCACACAUUGGAGAAGAUCCCCUUAUUAUUCCUGUGCCUGCAUCUGAAAAUCCCUUUAGGGAGAAGAAACUCUUUUGUACUAUCCUUUGAGUCUGUUUUUAAUUAAAAAUGUGUCCUGCUAAAAUUUGGUAUCGGUGUUGCAUGCUUUUAGCAUUUUUUUCUUCAGAUAUCUAUACUUACCUUAUAACUAUAAUAUUUUUCAGAGGUAGUACAUUUUCUGCUAAAAAAAAAAUUUAGAUUAAAAAAAAAACCUAAAAAAUUCAAGGUGAUCCUUCUCUUUGAGAACAAUGUACAAGUUUAAUUUCAGUUCUUCAUAAAUAUUCUUUUGGUCCUAAUGAAAGUGUUGAGUACAGUAUCAAAUUGUAGAUAUCUUUGCCAGUCAUAGAUUUUUUCUGAGACCUAAAUGAGUCAUACCAAUUCUUGAAGCUAUUUUUAACAUUCUUGUUUUCCUUGGAAGGUGAAUUUAAUUCAUUUGCCUUUAAAAAUUUCUAUCGAAAGAGUAGUGUGACCUCUGCCUCAAGUAGCACUAUUUAGGAAAAGAUCCCAGUAAUUUACAAUGUGUGGAAUGAUUAAUCUUACACAGUAAGUGGUGUUUUCUGAAGACUGUAAGAAACUUGACUGCAAAAAGAAUCUUAGUAAAGCAACAUUGUAACUACAAGCAGAAUGAAGAUGUAUAGUUACACAUCAGGACUGAAUCAAUAAAACUGUAGAAAAACAUA